GGCGGGAGCAGGAACAUUCCUCACUGAUGGAAGAAAAGAGAAAGUUUCCAAGAUGGCCGGACAUAGCUGCCUGUUCGCAGGGAAACAAUAGAAGCAGGGAGGAGGGACGCGGUUAGCCUGAGCUGUGGCUCGUUCUGAAUCGCUCACUCCCCGACUCGGGCUCCGUCAAAGUGAAGGAGGAAUAUCCGCUGCGGUGAUUCGAAGUCACUUAAAGUAUGAAGAUUUAUUUAAAUGUUUCAGGCCCGUCGACCCAUAACACAGCGGCUAACGGCUACAGGGAGGCGGAGGAUCAGCUGCUGUUCGCCGGACAGAUGCUUUAGGGAGAGCGGACUACUACAUUUUCACAUGAGUGCCGCUGCGACUGAAGGCCGUUAGAGACAAAGGUCGCCUCCAUGGAGCCAGCACAGGAGUCUUUGUAAAGGGCCAGGGGGGUGUAUAGACGCCCAGAGUGACAGAGAGCCAUAAUCUGCAUUUUAUGGACGAAACCUGAGGCGGGAGUUCACUGCAGGUCUUUAUUGAUGAUGGCGGAUUUUGUUACACCGCGACACAGCGCGGUGAUGGAGCGGCUCCGCCGGAGGAUCGAGCUCUUCCGGCAGCAUCACAACAACUGCGAAACCCGCUACGACGGUGCCGCGCCGGAGCGGCUGGAGCUGGACCGGCAGCACACCAUCAGCCUGCACCAGCGGCUGCUGCAGAACAAGGCCAAGCGGGCCAGCAAGCACCGACAGCCGCAGCCCACCGCGGAGCAGGACGCCCCGCGGGCGCCGGGUGUCGGCGUGGAGGGCAGCGGGACGGCGGCGGAGCAGAGCCGAAACACAACCCGGCAGGUGCUUCAUGAUGUGGUGAAGAGGAAGCUGGAGGGCGGCGGCUCCCCUCUGAGUAACGGCGUGUGCGACGGCCUGCCGGCCAAUAAGAAGGCCUGCCUGGAGAACGGCACCGGCCCGGACGCCAAGCCGGGCCUGACGGACCGGACUGCCAACGGGCCACGCAGGGCCGAGCCGCCGGACCCAGAGCCCGACUUCCACCAGAAGGAGAUGAAGCAGGAGCCAGAGGACAUCCUGCCCAUCAUGCCGCCAUCUGUCGCCGGGGGCAACGGGCUCUUCCUGGACCUGAACCUGAACGAGCAGGAGUGGAAGGAGCUGAUGGAGGAGCUGAACUGCUCCGUCCCCAUCGAGGACAUCCAGGACAUCCUCAACUACAGCUUUGAGGACCGCAAGGACCCGCCAGGGGGCCCCGGGGCCGCCCCCGCCCCGCCGGCCGCCGGCCCCGCCCCUCCGCCCCCCGACCUGUCCAGCGUGAAGGCCGAGUUCUCGCCGGCGCCCGCCUCCUUCGAGCCAGACUCCCGCACCGGCUCCCCCCGCCUCAGGGCCAGCUCUGCAGGGGGCCCGCCCCUCUCCGGCGGCUCCCCGGCUGCCUCGGGCUCCGCCCCCUCCCCGGCCCCGCCCCCCCGCCCGCUGCAGCUGCUGCCCCCCCAAAAGGACCUGUCCCCCGCCCAGCAGCUGCAGCAGCUGGCUGCCCAGCAGAGGGCGCACAUCCAGGGCAAGAUGCAUAAGCCCCCGCCGGGGGCCAAGUUCCAUGGCCAGGGGCCCCACGGUGCCCCCACCUGGACGCAGAUGGCCAACAGUUCCCAGAGCCCCGCCCUCUACCCCUCCGACUUCGCCCCCGCCGCCCAGAAGCAGCUGCUGCUGCCCGCCCCGCCUACCAAGGGCUCCCCGAAGGCGGGGGCCGGAGGCUACCUGCCGGGGCCCACCGGGGCCCCUGCCAUGCUGCCGCACCUGUCCUCCGGGCCCCCGCUGAGCCACCCGGCUGCACAGAGCCCCGCCACCGUCCUCAACUACAAGAACACCAUCCCUCUGUCGCACUAUGAGGCCGGCCCCGGGGGGCCCGGGCCCCCGAGGGCCCCCAGCGGCCAGGGCCAGGACAAGGCGGCCCUGCUGAGCCUGUUGAGGCAGCAGAAGCAGAGCAGCAUGAGCUUCAGGCCGCACCUCACACACCCACAGGAUCAGAACUUCUCUGCUUCUCCUCACGUUUCGGGUCCGGCCAUGACCUCCGGCCCUGGGAACAACGCCAUGGCGGCAGCGGUGCAGGGGCCCAAUGCCAUGGCGGGUAACCAUGGCAACGCGGCCUUCCUGAGAGACCCGAUGGCGGCGCUGAAGCAGCAGCAGUUCAUGCAGAGGCAGCUGCUGGCUGAACAGGAGAAGCAGCGCCAGGACCAGCAGCUGCAGCGACACCUGACCCGACCGCCGCCUCAGUACCAGGACCAGGCGGGUCCAGCUGCCGGCCAGAACCCGUUCUCCCAGCAGAACGUCGCACCGUUCACAGGUUCCUCUCAGCCAAUCAGCAACAUGGGCUCUAUGGGAAGCCCCGCCCCCGGCGCCCGCAUGUUCGCCCAGAACCAGGGCAUGAUGGGAAUGAGCAUGGCGCAGGGGGCGGGGCCCGGUGGCAGCGUGGCCGCGCCCCCUGCGGCCAAUCAGGCUGACAUCAGCCUGCCGUCUUGUGGAGGGGGCGGAGCCAGCGUGGACUCGCUGUACGGCGGCAUGACCCUUCACCCCGGCCAGCAGCGCCAGCCGCUGGGCCCUAUGGGCGCCCCCUACAGGCAGCUGCCGCAGCAGCAGCUGCUGAAGCCACCCAACGCCGCCAUGCUGAAGCAGCAGCAGCAGCUGGCCGCAGCGCGCAUGCAGGCGGGUGGGAUGGGCGGAGCCAUGGCAGGCGCCGCCUGGCAGCAGCAGCCGGCCGGCGCCGCCGCGCUGCAUGCCAACGCCUUCGCCACCAACGCCUUCCACAUGCAGCAGCCACGCAUCCCCAAGAUGGCCUCCGGCUCUUUCGGUGGCCGCGGCGUGCCGGGCCUCAACCAGCAAAUGAUGCAGAAUAACAUGGCCGCCCAGCAGAGGGCGCCGCUGGCCGCUCAGACUCAGCACCAGCCAGCCAAUCAAAGCGGGCCGGUGCUGCCGGACCUUGCGGCGUAUGGAGCGCCGCAGUCCAGCGGGCGCCAGGCGCUGCCAUGUAACCAAGGUUACCAGGUGAGCCGCGGCGGCGGGCAGCAGCAGCAGCAGCUGUCGUUCGGCUACAACGCGGCGGCGGGAAGCUUCGCCGCCGAGAGCGAGCUGGUCGACUCGCUGCUGAAGGGCCAGAGCACGCAGGAGUGGAUGGCCGACCUGGACGAGCUGCUGGCCGGACACACAUAGGCCUGGUCCUGACCCGGUUCUGGUUCUGGUUCUGGUUCUGACGGAAAGUGGGCGGCGGCUUGUUUACAGGCUGACAGUCGGUUGGUUCUGACCUCUGAACUCUGACCAGCAGUGGAGCGAUUCUGAACCUUACCGGACCAGAACCACCACCAUCAUCAUGGGACUCCAGCUCUUGACUGGACAAACAGGAAAACGGCAUUAAAGGUUUAUAUUACAUCACUUCCUGUUCUCAAAGCCACGCCCCUUCUGGUUCACGUUCAGAGGUCAGAGGUGUUCUGAUGUCACAGCAGACAAACCAAUCAGAGAGCAGAACCAGCCAGACUGUGGUUCUGCUCUCUGAUUGGUUCAUUCUGGUAACCAAUCAGAGAGCAGGUCCAAUGUUUUGAUUGGAGAGAAGAACUCAUUCAUUUUCCUUCCCAUUGAUCAGUUAUUGGAUCUGAAUUAGUUUUAUGACGUAUUUAUUGAUCCCUGCUGAUGACAUCAUCGACUCCUCAGAACCAUCCAGAACCCGACCCGGGUCUUUCACCAGGCACUCCAGAAGUUUGAUCCACUUCCUGUUCAAUCCCAGCUCUGGUUCCCAGGUGUGUUGAUGACAUCAUCACUGCGCUACAGGAACCGUUCCCAGGAUGACUUCCUGUUCCUGGAUGUUGGUGCUUCCUGGUUCUGCCAGGAGUGUAAAUCUGAUGGAGAGUACUACUGAACCACUGGACCCCCCCCCCCACCCCCGCACCCCGUGGCGGCCAUCUUGUUCCUCCUCUCUGCCUCCAGGCUGAAGCUUCAUUUUCAUACUGUAGGGAAAUUUAUGGAAACAACAACAGUUGGUUCUGUUUAUGCAAAGCUGCUCCUUUCAGGAUGUUUCCGUGGCGAUCACUCUGCAUUAAUGAAGCUCUGCAGGAAAUGCGGCCUGAACCCCGAGUCCGGUCUGCCAGGCCGUGGAUUAUAAUCUGACCUUCAGCAUCUAAUCUGGCAGAAAAACCCAGUAAAUGUGUUAAUCUGCUGCAGGUUCAGGUCAUGAAGUGAAGCGGUUCUGAUCCAGAUCGCAGCGUUUGGACGGCCAGCUUCGCCUCUGGAUGUUUCUGGUUCUGUUCUGGUCGGUUCUGACCUCUGACCCCAACAGUGUGGGAUUAUCUACUGUACUGUUUCCGUGUGUCCGGUUGGAUUUGGGUUUCCCGUGCAGGGCUCGGUUCUGCCGCCUCUGGGCCCAAACGGCUCUCUGUAAAUGUCUAUAAAUAUAUUUUUGUUAUGUAAACCUUUCCUAAUGAUCUGGAGAAGAUAGAAAUUAUUUUUAUAUAUUGCAGCUGAAUUUUGUAAGUAUUUUAUACUUUUGAUAUGGUUCUCUGUAAAACAAGAGUAUUAUGUAAAUAUAGUUCUCUAGAAACAAA